UACGUCACACACACUAGUCACACAUUCGUCUAAACAUCUAACCUAGUUAAAUGUAUCAGCUGAGAAGCCGAAAAUAACAGGGAAAACAUGAAACUCUGCUGUAGAUUUCAAAUAUUGCUUUUCAAUUUAUGUUUUUUGUUUUUAAGUAUUCUUUUUGAUGGUUCGCAUGGUCAAGAUAUCAUAGGAUGUGGUGGUUUUGUCAAGAGUGAUAUAGACAUAUCCAAGGCCCAAGUACAAGUUAAGCUGUACACUAAGCAGGGUAGCCUAAAGGACCAAACAGAAUGUGCUCCUAAAAAUGGAUAUUAUUUUUUACCUGUGUAUGACAAAGGCAGUUAUAUUCUGAGGAUAGAGCCACCAAAGGGAUGGACAUUUCACCCAAAGGAAGUGCCCUUAACUUUUGAUGGACGGACAGAUCCAUGCAGCCAGAACAAGGAUAUAAACUUUGAGUUCAAAGGGUUUACAGUGUUUGGGAAGGUUUUAAGUGCUGGUAGUACAGCUGGCCCUGAGGGUAUAACCGUUCAUCUUUUAAAAGAUAAGAAGGAGAUUGCUCAAACAGUAACAAUAUCAAAUGGGGAUUUUGAAUUCCCUUCAGUUACAACUGGGAUUUAUAAUUUGAAGAUAUCACAUCCCAAGUGGCACGUCAGCAACGCUGAAACUACUGUCUCUGUUGCUGGAGGUAAUGGGAUUGUGAAACCGGGAAGUCUGGUUGUAUCUGGAUAUGAUGUAUCAGGAAAAGUUCUGAGUGACGGAGAGGCUGUGCAAGGAGUAAAUCUAAUUUUGUUCCAGCGUGCUGUUGUGGAGGGAUCUUCUACUCCAGUUAUUCCAGGCUGCAACAAACAAACCCUACAGGGAUACAAAUCUCCUUCUGAGAAGGGGAUACGGCUUCUUUGCCACACACAGUCAGAUGCCAAUGGAUUGUUUGGCUUUACCAGCCUGCCUCCUGGGUCGUACCGGGUGGAACCAUUCUACCAAGGACCACAGAACUUGAAAUUUGACUUGUACCCUAAGUCCCAAGAUUUUGUUGUCUCACAUGGGAGUGUUGUUCUUCCUGUAGAAUUUCAAAUUAAAGGCUUUACUGUGAGUGGUCGUGUGCUCUACACUCCUAAUGGGCUGGGUGUACCUCAUGCCUAUGUUCUGGUCAACAACCAGAUCAAAACAGAGACAGAUAAGAAUGGCUUCUUUAGUUUGAAUAGCAUGCAAAGUGGAACUUAUUCAGUUGAAGCUGCUUCUGAGUAAGCCCCAGUUCUGCCCAACUACCAGAUUUAUUUCCAUGGGGUUUUGAGGUCUGCGGUCGUAUCAACCCUCCUCGUUUGGAGGAUAAUAGGCCCCGUACAGUAACCCUCAGCAGCAGCAAGGACUCUUCAAAUGUGAUUGACCGUGCUGAAGCAGACAGUGCUGGGCUUUACUGCUUCCACCUGAAGCCAGGGACAUAUUAUGCUAGUGUACAGAUGUCGCAGGAAGAAAAGGCAAAGGGAUUACAAUAUGCCCCAUUGGUUCGUGAAGUGAAAGUAGUGAAUCAGCCAGUUAAUGUAGGGAAUGACUUCUCACAAUUGAAAGCACGAGUUCAUGGGAAGGUUUCCUGCCUUCAACGUUGUUCAGAUAUCAGCAUUCGACUCUUGCCGCUUUCUCCUGGUGUUGAAGAAGUUACCAUCAGGUUAAAAGAUGACAAUACAUAUGAAAUAAAUGAAGUCCUGCUAGGUAACUAUCACGUUAAGGUCAUCCGAGAUGACUGGUGCUGGGGAGCAAGUCAAUAUGAAAUCGAAGUUUCAACUGCUGAAGUGGCUGUUCCUGUGUUCAAACAUGUUGGAUAUGCUACCAUUGUGCAAACAUCACAUAACGCCUCUAUUAAUUAUGAACUAGUCACAGAAACUCCUAAUCAGAUCAAGAAGACUUUACCUAUGCGGAAGGGAAUAUCCCGGUUGUGUGUACCGAGUGCUGGCACUUAUCGAAUUCAAGCUGUAGGUUGCCACAAGUUUGCAGAACCAUCUACAGUUAUGUGGAAUACCAAAGACCCUGCCAAAGCUAUUGCAUUUACUGCCAUUGGACACACUAUCACUGGUUUUGUUGAAUCUAUUAAACAAGUUGAUGAUUUGAUAGUCCGCAUUGAAAAAGACAAUGGCUCUCUGGUUGAACUACAGGGACCUCUGAAGCCCAAGCAAAGUGAUGGGAAGUGGCAGUAUGAGAUUUCUAUCAUGGCCCUUGAGAAUGAGGAUUACAAGAUCAUUCCCCAGUCAGCUGUAAUGCUUUUCAAACCAGAGGAGAUUACAAUGACCCGCUAUUUGGAAUGCGCCCAAGGUGUGUUCAGUAUAGAAGCAUUUUUAGGACAGAUCAUUUCUGGAGAGAUUACCCCAGCCUUGGGUGGUGUUGCGAUUACUGUCAUGGAGGAUCAGUCAUUGGAAGAUCCAAAGAUAAUUGCUCAGACUGAGACAGACUCUAAAGGCCAGUAUCGUAUUGGACCACUACAACCCGGUGUUAAAUACAGUGUGCUAGCUGAAAAGGAAGGCUAUGUAAUGACUGGACCUGAUGCAAGAAACAAAAUUACUGCACGUAAACUGGCUGAAAUUGCUGCAGUUGUGACUGAUAGAGCUGAUGGUGCGCCCUUGCAGGGCGUUCUGCUGUCUGUAUCUGGGGGUGCUUACAGACGCAACAGUCUCACGGGUCCAGACGGGCAGCUGUCCUUCAAAUCGCUUAGCCCUGGGGAGUAUUACCUCAGGCCCCUGCUCAAAGAGUACCGCUUUGAACCGCCUGCCCUUCAGUUUGAAGUCAAGGAGGGUGAUACAGUCAAUGUGAAGCUUGAGGGAGACAGAGUUGCCUGGAGCGCUUAUGGGACAGUGACGUCCCUGAGCAAGGAACCUGAGGCAGGAGUUUUGGUUGAGGCUGUCGGAGUCGACCGUGAGAGGCACAAUUGUGCUCAGCUGCAGGAAGAGGCUGUCACAGAAAUAACUGGACAGUUCCGCAUCAAAGGACUUCAACCCCAGUGCAAUUACAUUGUACGGGUAAAGCCUACAGCAGAGGCCAACAAACACAUAUAUCGUGCCACCCCUGACAGCAUCCCAUUACAGGCCGUGGAGAGUGAUGUCAAGAACCUGAGGCUGAUCGCGUUUAGGCCCAUCGCCAAGACGGAGGUGGUGGCUGUGGUGCGGUCCGGGGUCGACACGGUGGAGCAGCUGCGCAGCGUCAAGCUCCGCCUGUGCCGCGAGGAGACGCCAGACCACCCCAUUCACGUGGUGCGCCUAGACAGUAUCGUGGGCACUCAGGGAGGCAGAGUCCACGAGUACUACCCGGCCGGAGUCAUGGUGCAUUUCCCGCUCAUUCCAUCAGACGGUCGUGGCUACGUUCUGCAGCUCGAGUCGUCGCUGUCCCCCUCGGCUUACGAUUACUCCAACCAGGCCGUUCACUUCCGGACCAACGUCUCGUUCCACUACGUGCCCUUCUCUUUCGAGCCCAUCCCACGCUUUGUCGACCAAGACAUGAACCAGGGCUCGAUCUUCCUCCUGCCACUUGUCCUGAUCGCUCUCUUCUCGUACUUUGGGAGGGACCACAUAGCCCCCAGCUUGAAGCGUCUGUCUCAGGCUGGGCUCCUGAGGAGGCUGGCUGGUGAAGGCCCGGUGGUGAGCGAGCGACCGAACUCUCGCGAGAAAACGGCGUCAAGAGACAAUAAGAGCCCGCGCGAACAAGACAAUUCCCCCGACAGCUCUGAUGGAGCGACAGUUGAACAAAUCGGAAAAAAGAAGAAACCAAGGAGGACGUAGUGUGUCUUCAUUAGUCGAUUCACCGUCAAAUACAACAGAUCUCAGUUUCUUUUCCCUUCAACGAAGUAUCGCUUCUAUAUUCCUUUCAAUGAAAACAAUUUCCAUGUAAAUAAUUGACUGAUUUGUGUUCCCUAGAGUCUGUAAUGUAUCAUUCAAUGUCGUGAAGUUUUACUAUGUAAAACUAAGUAUAAUUACAUCUACAACCGUUGAAAA